GACCCAGUCCAUCAUCAUCAACCCCAUUGCCGCCAUCAUCCUCUCUCUCUACAUGGGUCGUCUCUUAGCGAGGAUAGAGCGCCGCUUCAACCCCGAUGCACUGCCCUUCAGUGUCAAGGAGCAUGUGCUGAUUGGCAUAUUCGCCAACUGCGGCUCGGCCUUUGGCAACGGCAACGCGUAUGCCAUAGACAUUGUCACCAUCAUGAAGCAAUUUUACAAUGUUCAUUUGCCUUUCUUCCCGGCGUUUCUCCUCGUCACCACAACGCAAGUGCUCGGAUACGGAUGGGCGGGCAUGUUCAGACGCUACCUUGUGGAGCCAGCCCACAUGUGGUGGCCCACAGACCUCGUCUAUGUCUCCCUCUACCG